AAAAAAAAAGAAGCGUACUAUCAACACAGUAGUAGAGCAAUUGGAUUGGUUGACUUUUGAAAAAUGUUAGGGACUGAAAGGGCUAAUGCAUCGAUCGGCUCUUGCUAAAGUAUACACAUUUUCAGCGAGCGUAAGUUGCUCUUAAAACGUAGCUGCCUUUUGUAUAAAUCCAGGAUCUAAUGGCGAGUAUCUUCGUCCGGAGGUUCUUUCUGGUGUCCACUCAACUUAAAUAUCCGCUGUCAAGUUGUUUGCGUCUGGCCAAGCCAGCGAAGGAGACCGCCGCCGGGGCUAGACUUUACUCCAGUGAUCCUCCAGAGAGAAUCGGCCGAUAUCCAGUUCCUAAUAAGAAAGACUUGCCUUAUGAUAUAGUGGAACUUAUGGAGGAAGUGGAGUUCAAGGGAGGAUUCUUACCAAAUGUCUUCAAAGUCCUCUCUCACAGACCUGCAGAAUUUCGAGCCUUCUUCUCUUACUACAAUGAACUCAUGAGCAAGGAGACAGGUGGGCUUACCAAAGCAGAUCGUGAGUUAAUCGUGGUGGCCACAAGCAUCCAUAAUAAGUGUCUUUACUGCGUGGUUUCCCACAGUGCACUUCAUCGCAUCUACUCAAAGAACCCUACCCUCUCAGACCAGGUUGUAGUCAACUAUGAAAAUGCAGAGCUGCAACCGCGCGAGCGCGCCAUGUUGGACUUUGCGAUGGCCGUGUGCCGCGCAGACACCAUCACUGACGAGCACUUCAAGUCCUUAGAGAAAGUGGGCUUUGAUAGAGAGGACGCCUGGGACAUCGCUGCCAUCGCGGCCUUCUUCGCCAUGUCUAACCGGCUCGCCCACCUCACUGACAUGCAGCCAAAUAAAGAAUUUUACAACAUGGGCCGCAUACCCCGAGACAAGAGCAAAGACAAGGAGGGCAAAGAUAGCAAGUGACUUGCCUGACAAGUUUAAUUUAGGUGAAGAUAUAUAAAUAAUAUUAAUAUAUAAAUUAUUAUAAUUAGGUAAAUUAAUUAAGUGUACACUCUAUACUUGGCAUACAGUGGUGAAAUUAUCAUUUUGGGCUGUCACUGUUUGGGAUAAAAAAAAACAUUAAACCUUAGAUGAUCUAUUUUCUUAGAUUUUUGUUUCUUUUUUUGGCAUUUUGAGGCACAUUAAAUCAAAGUUCUGGAUUCGGCCUUAGAAAACGCAUUCGAAAUGAAUAUGUGGAUUUGCGUUGUUAGACAGAAAACCCCAAUGAACUAACUGCUCAUCAUAAAAUACAGACGCUUCCUUUUUGAUUUACUUUUAGAUUGGUGGUCAACACUAGGUGGCACUAGAGCAUCACAUUGUUGGAGCGAUAUAAAGUUAUAGAGUCCCCACCUUUGUCAAAAACGAUUUUUAUCCAUGCACUUUAUGGAAAAUAAAUGCUUUCAAAUACGA